AUGGAGUCUAACGGCGAGGAGGAGGCGGCGGCGACGCCGACGCCAGGGACGGUCGCGGCGGCGGGGAGACUGAAGGGCUGCCCGGAGCUGACGGUGGAGGACGUGCUGCAGGAGAUGGCCAAGACGGCCGCCUGGAGCGUCAGCUCCUGCAAGCCCGGCAACAGCGUCGCCUCCCUCCGCGAUGACACCCUCGACACCUACUGGCAGUCGGACGGCGCGCAGCCGCACCUGAUCAACAUCCAGUUCCAGAAGAAGGUGCAACUGCAGGAAGCAGGGAAGGAGGUGUUCAGAGACACGGAUCUUUAG